UGCAGAACUUCCUUCCCCCGCCCUGUCCAGUCUCGGUGAGCCGCCAUGCCCGAGCCGCGCGGACAGUGCGAGCUGCGGGUGAACGAGGCCUUUGCGGCGCGGUAUGGACGCUACAGGCAACGCGAGGAGCUGCAAAAGCUAAAGGACCGAUACGGGGACCGCGGGAGCGGCGCCGAGUCCAGCUCGGACUCCGACUCAGACUCCAGUGAAGAGCGGGUGGAGUUUGACCCAGAACUUGACAAGGACUUUUACCGAACCCUGUCCCUGUUGAAGAAGAAGGACCCCAGGAUCUACCAGGAGGGUGCCACAUUUUAUAAUGAGGCUGAACCCUCUUCUUCAGGGGAAGAUGAUAAACUCUCAGAGAAAGAGAAGAAAAAGAAGAAAGAAAAGUCCAUGUACUUAAAGGACUACGAGAGAAAGGUCAUUUUGGAAAAGGAAGGGAGGUACAUAGAUGAGGAAGACUCUGACCAGGAAGCUGAAAGGCAGAAGCAACAGCAAACCACAUCCCGAAGUUACAUCGAAGAGCAGAAGUGCCUCAAGGAGAGCUUCCGGCAGUUUGUCGAAGACAGCGAUGAGGAAGAAAGUGCUGGUGAGGGUGGCUCCAGUCUGCUGAAGAAACGGACUAAAACCAAGGAGGAGAAGGCUCGGGAAGAAGCUGACUACAUAGACUGGCUGAAGGGGCAGAAAGACCCUAAAGACAAGGAAGACCUGAAGGAGCUGACCCAUCUCAAAGAGUAUUGGAGCAACCCACAGCUGGAUGAUGGGGAGAAAUUCCUGAGAGACUAUAUUCUGAAUAGGGGCUAUGAGGAGGAGGAGGAAGAAGAGGAGGAGGAAGAGAAAGAUGCCAGAGGGCAGCUGACAGUGGAGGACUCCUCUGACGAGGGAGAGCUGUUCCUGAAGAAGCAGGAGGACUUUGAGAGGAAGUACAACUUCCGCUUUGAGGAACCAGAUGCUGAGCAGGUAAAGACCUACCCCCGGACCAUUGCCUCCUCUGUGCGGAGGAAGGACGAACGGAGGAAGGAAAAACGGGAGGCAACUCGGGAGCGCAAGAAGAAGGAGAAGCAGAAGAAGCAGGAAGAAUUGAAGCAACUGAAAAAUCUGAAACGCCGAGAGAUUCUGGACAAACUGGAGAGGCUGCGGGAGAUCACAGGCAACAGAGAUGCUGGCUUCAAGGAGGCCGACCUGGAGGGAGACUUCGACCCCGCCAUGCACGACCAGCUCAUGCAGAAAUGCUUUGGAGAUGAGUACUAUGGAAUUGGAGAGGAGGAGAAGCCUCAGUUUGAGGAGGAGGAGGGGUGUGAUGAUGAAUGGAACUGGGACACGUGGACAGGGGCUGAGGAAAAUGGAACCUGGGAGGAGGAGGAGGCAGCGGAGCCACACUGCGAGGACCCCAACUUCAAUAUGGACGCAGAUUAUGACCCCAGUCAACCAUCUGUCAGGAGUGGGAAGAAGAAAAAAAAGAAGUGGGAUGUGCCGCUGACUGGCAAGAAGAGGCGGAAAUCCCACUUUGCUGAAGUUGUCAGCCAGGAGAGGCCUGUCUUUGACCCUGAGGACAAGACCUUUGAAGAGUACCUGGAUGAGUACUACAGGCUGGACUAUGAGGACAUCAUUGACGAUCUGCCCUGUCGCUUCAAGUACCGCUCGGUCGUGCCCUGUGACUUUGGCUUGACCACAGAGGAGAUCCUGGCCUCGGAUGACAAGGAGCUGAACCGCUGGUGCUCCCUCAAGAAGACUUGCAUGUACAGAUCUGAGCAGGAGGAGAUGCGAGAACAGAAGCAGUACAGCCUUAAGGCAAAGAAUGUGCGGAAGAAGCAGCAGAUACUGCAGUCUCUCGCCCAACUGACUGAGGAGACCUCUGACCCAGCACACACGCUCAGAAAAAGGGGCCAAGGACCAGAGUCCCUGGAGGAGGACAACAGGAAGAAGCCCAAGCUGGAGAUCACCUCAGAGGAAGAAGAGGAAGAGGAUUUCCUGGUACCCAAAGCUAAAGGCGUAGCCACCCUUUCUGCUGAAGGGAUACAGAAGCUGGAUGGGCCUGGGCCCUUAUCUGGGACUCAGGUGGCCCCACCUCCAAGACACAAGAAAAGUCUUCGGGGCAAGAAGGGGGGACUUCUGGGGCCGAGGGUGAAGUUGGGGGGCUUUGAGUUCAGCCACCAGAGAUUGCAGGCCUAUGGGCUAAAUGCAAAGCGGCUGCACUACCGCCAGCUGGGCCGGGAACGGAGAAAGGGGCACGGGCCCAGGCGCAGGUAGCAGCCUGAGCAUCCCGGCUCUCUGGGGCUAGGGAAGAUCUGGAGGUAUGAAAUAAAAGUAGGUUUAUACACGAUGCUGCUCUAGUGAGGGCCCCCUGCUGGGCAGGUCUGGAGCAUGAGCCUUGCUUUCUGUGUGACCCUUUUCUGGGCCUAAUUGCCUCUCUGGGUAAAAUGAGGCUGAAUGAACUAAAUGACUUUGGUUCCUUUCAGCUCUUGAUGUUGUGAAUCCAACUGGUUGAUGGCCUUGAAGGUCUAAAUUCUAAAAGCUUCAUGACACAUCCACAGUCCCUCAGUGAGUGCUUGGGGAAGAGAUGACUUGGUGGGGAUAUCUUAUUUGGAGAUGGCAGUCAGCAUGGCUCUCCUGGACAGAGGAAAGAACUGGCAGCAGGUUUCCUAACCAUUGGGAUGGUGUGCCCUAGGAAGCACUGAAAUGCAUUCAGACACUUAGCAAGUAGAACUUUAAUUUCACCCUUGGGCCACAACCCAGCCAAAGGGAAGGGAGCACUGGCUAGGCCCCCACUCUCCAGCCUAGGCUGAUUUCCAGUGGAAACAUGUUGCUACAGCAGAAUCAUAGCCUUCCCCACCCACCCACCCCACAUACACACAGGGGGGUUAAGAGUGAAAGGUGUUGGGGGAUCGGUAAUCAGCCCCCAAACCCCCAGUGAGCCUGAGAAUAUUGCCACCCCCCCAUCUGCAGGGACAAGGGGUAGCUCCAUCACAUGUAUAUAAAUAAAAAAUAUAUAUAUUA